UUGUCUCUGCGUCCAAUACAAAAAACGGUAAUCAACCGUUUAACUCUCUCUCUCUCACUAACAUUCUCUUCCCGGCGAUUUUCUCAAAGCACGGUUCGAUCAGACUCGUUCUUCUUCUUCGUCGUCGUAAUUGUGGUUGUCGUCGCCAUUUCCGAUCAUUGAUAGCUUCAAAUCUACUCUGAGAACGGAUCUCGGGAACAUGUUCGUCAAAAAGCUCGUCGAAAAGGCCUCUUUGAAGAAGCCAGGAGGGAAUUCAAAUGGUUUGAAAUCUGAUGAUGUAAAUCCAUGUCUAGUUUUCCAUUAUGGCAUACCAUCAGGAUCUAUCUUGUUGGCUUAUGACUCGAUUCAAAAGAUUCUUGCAAUUUCCACCAAAGAUGGUCGGAUCAAAUUAUGUGGAAAAGAUAACACUCAAGCUCUACUGGAAUCUACUGAGACAGUACCAAGCAAGUUUAUGCAGUUUAUUGAGAACCAAGGCUUCCUUCUAAAUGUAAAUGCUAACAAUCACAUUGAGGUUUGGGCUAUAGAGAGGAAGUUGUUGUCUCAUGUGCAUGUAUUUAAAGAAGAAAUAACCUGUUUUACAGUCUUUCAACAUAGUGUCUUCAUGUAUGUUGGCGAUGCUGUUGGUAAUGUUUCAGUUCUGAAGCUUGAUCAAGAUACAUGCAAUAUUGUAGAAAUGAAAUACAAUAUACCUCUUGCAGCGUCUCAUGGCAAUACAGCUGAAGUUGCUGGUGAGACUGCUGUUAUGUGUAUACUACCUCAACCAACAGCUGAAAGUGAUAGACUUCUUAUAAUUUAUAGAGACGGUUUUAUUACAUUAUGGGCAAUUCAGGAAAGUAAAGCCAGUUUCACAACUGGCGGAACUAUGAUGCAAUCAGUUUGUCAUGAAACAAAGAAAGUAACAGCUGCAUGUUGGGCUUGCCCUUUUGGAAGUAAAGUAGUUGUUGGAUAUAGCAACGGAGAGAUUUUCAUCUGGAGCAUUCCUUCUACCUUAGAUUCAAAGACUGAAGUAGCUUCCAAUAAAGAGUGGUGCACCACUCAAAGUGUUCCUAUUUUUAAACUGAAUCUUGGAUAUAAAUUGGACAAAACCCCUAUAGCAUCAUUAAGGUGGGUUUAUGGUGAUGGAAAAACAAGUCGAUUAUAUAUAAGGGGCGUCUCUGACCGUGUAUCUACAAACUUGUUGCAGGUAAUUAUAAUGAAUGAGCAUACUGAAUCUCGCACAAUUAAGUUGGGGCUUCAUCCACCUGAGCCUUGUGUUGACAUGGAGAUCAUUUCGAGUUUCAAUGAACAAAGCAAGCAUAAACAAGAUUAUUUCCUUCUGCUUGGGAGAUCAGGUCAUGUUUAUGCCUAUGAUGAUUGUUCAAUUGAAAAAUAUUUAUUACAGUCCCAAUCUAGAUCCCCACCAUCACUUCCAAAAGAUGUCAUGGUAAAGCUGCCAUUUGCUGAUUCAAGUAUCACAAUAGCGAAACUCGUAGCAGACAAUCCAUUUUUUUCAUGCUCUGCCGAUGAGGACUGCACUACGAUGGCUAAAAGUAGUCCUUCGCUUUUUCCAUUUGAGUCAAGGCAAAAAGAUGGAAAUCAAUGGAAUUCAGGACACUUCAGUGGUUUUUCGAAAAUUAGGAACCUGUACAUAACUGGACACAGUAAUGGAGCCAUAAACUUUUGGGAUGUAUCAUCCCCAUUUUUGCUUCCAGUUGCAUCAUUAAUUCAGCAGUCUGAUGAUGACUUUUCUUUAAGUGGUGUGCCGCUGACAGCAUUAUGUUUUGAUUACAACUCAAAGCUCCUCAUUUCUGGAGAUCAAAGCGGAACGGUCCGGAUUUUUAAAUUUAAACCUGAGCCAUUCACCACAGGGAGCAGUUUUAUAUCCCUACAAGGAAGUUCAAAGAAAGGAAGCAGUCACUUCAUCCAUGGCGUUAAACUUGUGAAAAUUAAUGGAGCUGUACUUUCUGUAAACAUAAACAGCAGUUCAACACAUCUUGCUGUUGGGUGUGAUCAAGGAUAUGUUUCAUUAAUUGAUGUGGAAGGGCCCUCUCUAUUAUAUCAGAAACAUAUUGCAAGUGAACUGUGUACAGGUGUCAUCUCUCUGAAGUUUGAAACCUGCAGUUUCCAUGGUUUUGAGAAGAGUGUAUUGGUGGUGGCAACAAAGGAUUCAUCAGUUUUGGCCCUUGAGAUAGAUACAGGAAACACUCUUAGCUCUAGCAUGGUCCAUCCAAAGAAACCUUCAAGAGCUUUAUUCAUGCAGAUUUUGGAUGGACAAGAUGCAUCAGGCAGAGGGUCUAAUAAAUUGGACGGCCUAGACUCGAGCAAGGGGAACUCAUUGGAUGAAUGCAAGCAGUCAUCAAUAUUGUUAUGUUCCGAGAAAGCUGCUUACAUCUAUUCCUUAGUGCAUGCAGUUGAGGGUGUUAAGAAGGUGCUGUACAAAAAGAAGUUCCAUUCUUCUUGUUGCUGGGCAUCAACAUUUUAUUCUCCUUCUGAUAUUGGCCUCAUACUUUUCUUCUCUAGUGGAAAAAUUCAAAUUAGGUCCCUACCAGAAUUGUCUCUUUUGAAGGAAAUUGCAAUUGGAGGUCUCACAUUUUCAACUCCAAAACCGAAUUCAAUUUCUGAAAUUUCAGUGUGCUCUUCAAGGGAUGGAGAACUUAUUAUGGUAAAUGGUGAUCAGGAGAUCUUUAUGGUAUCAGUUUUGCUUGAAAAGCAAAUAUUUAGGCGUAUGGAUUCUUUCUGUCAAGUUUACAAGGAAAAUCUGAUGGUCACACAGCAAGGGCUUGUUUCUGCACCCGUCAUCAAUAAAGAAAAGAAAAAGGGUAUAUUUAGUUCUAUCAUCAAGGAUAUGAAGGGAAGCAAUGUAAACCUUGCACCUAACGUAGAAGCUGAAGUUACAAGACCAAGCAAUGAAGAAUUGUCAACGAUCUUUUCAGUUGCUAAUUUUCACUCAAAUGCUGAAGACAGAGAAAAGGUUGCCACGGAUGAAGAUGACAUUGAAUUGGAUAUAGAUGAUAUUGACCUUGAAGAUCCAGGAGAAAAACCGAAAGGACAUCCCAUGAUGGCAGCACUAAACAAACAGAAAUUGACUAGCAAAUUCCAGUCAUUAAAAGGUAAGUGGAAACAAGUUAAGGUCAAAAAUGAGAAAGCUUCACCAAAGGAAGACUUACAAGAUGAAAAGGCUGGUGCAGUUGAUCAAAUUAAGAAGAAAUAUGGAUUUACUAUGUCGGGGGAAUCAAGUGUUGCAAAAAUGGCACAAAGCAAGCUGAAUGAAAAUUUGAAGAAGUUACAGGGCAUCAGUCUCAAAACUACGGAGAUGCAGGACACAGCUCGGUCAUUUUCUUCUAUGGCUAAGGAGGUGCUGAGAUCUGCCGAACAUGAUAAUAGAAGAAUGCCAUGAUCUCUACAGAAUGCAUGCAUAUAAAUUUUCGAGAUUUUGUGUAUGUGUGUGUGUGUGUUUUUCUGUUAAUUCUUUUGCAUCAUCAUUCAUUUUCUUGAAGAUUGGGAAGCAAAGUGUAUGUGCAGCCGUGUCUUUGCAGAUUUGGUCUUUUCAUAGAUUUGUAAAGUAUAAUUAUUUCUUUAUUUUAUUUUAAUUUUAUUUUAUAACUGGUUGGUUUACGUU